AUGUCUACGUCAGCCUCCGUGGUUGCCGAACCCAUGGAAGUAACCACACCCAACAGCCACAAAUCCCCUUCCUCUGGCCAAGGGCCGGAUCAGGACUCCGACAGCAAGAUGAAUGAUCAUUCCAAGACUUCUUCGCCGCAGGAGCAAAGCGCGGCUUCAAAUCCCAUCCCCAUGGUAGCCCCGCCACCUGCUGCCGCGGCUAUCCACCAGCCAAAGAUCGUUCAAACGGCUUUUAUUCAUAAGCUCUACAACAUGCUCGAAGAUCAAAACAUUAGGCAUUUGAUUGCUUGGUCAUCUACGGCCGACAGUUUUGUCAUGUCACCCUCGCCUGAUUUCUCAAAGGUUUUAUCACAAUACUUCAAACAUACCAACAUAUCCUCCUUUGUGAGGCAGCUGAAUAUGUAUGGGUUCCAUAAAGAACGAGAUGUUUUUCACACUGGCAACCCGGAUAGUACGCUUUGGGAAUUCAAACAUGGCGGUGGCAACUUCAAGCGGGGUGAUCUGAAUGGGCUUCGGGAGAUCAAGAGGCGGGCGAGUCGUCAUGCCCUCGUAAAUCGUGAAAGUAACUUCACGAAGCCUGUCUCCUCGCAGCCAGGCACGCCCGCAGAGCCAAUACACGUAAAUCCCGAGACUGGUGAUAGUCGAUUGGCGAAUUUGGAGCAGACGGUGUAUGAGCUCAGCGCUCGACUGCUAAGAACCGAAGAGAAUGCCCAUUAUGCCAACGUCCGGAGUCAAGCCGCCGUGGACAUCCUGAACCGCCUCCUUCACUUUAAUCAGGAGUUGUCAAAGACGAUACUCACUCUUGUUCCUACCGACAGUAGUGCUCAUCGAGAUGUUGCGGCGCUCCAAGUGGACAUGCAGAGGCAUGCUGAGACUAUCCGGUCUUUGGAGGACACCGAGCCUCCAUCCUUUUCCACCAGGCAGCAGUUUUUCUCUAACAUUGAUAACGCUCCCAUCUCUCCACGGCAGUUCCCCCAAGAUGACACCAGGCGUUCAAACCUGACCGUUCCGCAGCCGCGCAAUCAAAACCUCUACCGGCCCUCAGUACCAUCUAAUCUGUCGGUAGGCUCACGACGGCCCUUUGGCUCGAUCGGCGGGGUUGGUACUGCCCAAUCCUCUCCCUCGCGCAACCCUCCCCCGGCUCCACCGCCAGGACAGCAUCUGCUCCCUAUUGAGCACCCGAGUAUGGCAAGAAGACAUACCGCGGCCGACAUCAGGGCUCAUGGCUGGCAAACCGGAAUGUCACCACUCGGCGCCACUUCAACAGCUGCCUAUCCCUCUUCACCGAGCCGUGUCCCUCCAGAGGACCAGCGCAUCCGGGAAUCACUUUCUUCUUACACUUUACAGACCGCAUCCAACCCUCAUCCCAAUUCCCGGCCCACGACCCCUCCGUCGAUGUCCAAUGGAGUGGGAGGGGGCGGCGCAGAAACAUUUGGCAAUUGGACCUGGGGCUCUGCCGUCAGCAGGAGCCUGAAAGAUUCUUCGGGGCCGCCAACACGCCGAGGAAGCAUGGCCCAUAUCCUUAACCCUAGCGAUACCACCGAGCGUGCCGAAGAAGGCGAGGAUCCGCGCGGAGAUGACGACAGAAAGCGAAAACGGAUGUAG